AUUAGAAAUUAGAAGUUUCUGAUCUCUCUUCUCACCACUGUUCGCUCGCUCUCUUUCACUCUCUCUCGGUCUCUCUCUCAGCCGCCGGUCGCCCGUGGCCACGGCCUCGCCGCCUCGGAAAACUCCGUCAAGCGCUGCGAUUUGCAAGCGCCAAGCAGGCAGCACAGCAGCAGUGUGCCGCCCAGCCCUCGCCGGCUCGCCCCGCCCCGUCUCCUUCGAUCGACAGCUGCAGUGCGACUGCGCAGCGCCUCUCUCACCUAUUCUUUCCCGCGCCCCACCUUCUUUGGCCUCGGUGCCUCCGUCCGGUGACUCCGCAGCAGCAGCCGUUUCCAACAAAAGAUUGGAAGUUUUUUAUUGCAUAUCUAAGGUGAAAUCACAGAGGAAAAGAAAGGAAUAGAAUGGGAUACAUUGGGGCUCAUGGAGUUGCGGCGUUGCGCAAGCACAAGUAUAGCGGAGUUGAUCACUCCAUAGUGUCGAAAUACGUGCUUCAGCCUUUUUGGACCCGCUGCGUCAACUUAUUCCCUCUCUGGAUGCCACCUAACAUGAUUACACUUAUAGGAUCGAUGUUUUUGGUUACAUCUGCACUACUUGGAUAUAUAUACUCACCUCAACUGGAUUCGCCUCCUCCGAGAUGGGUUAAUUUUGCCCAUGGAUUACUGCUCUUCUUAUAUCAAACUUUUGACGCUGUUGAUGGAAAGCAAGCAAGAAGAACAAAUUCUUCUAGUCCGUUGGGAGAACUUUUUGACCAUGGGUGUGAUGCUCUUGGAUGUGCGUUUGAGGCCUUGGCCUUUGGAAGCACUGCCAUGUGUGGUGGGAGUACUUUUUGGUUCUGGGUUAUAUCAGCUGUCCCUUUUUACUGUGCUACAUGGGAGAACUAUUUCACCAAUACACUUAUUCUUCCCAUUAUAAAUGGACCUACUGAAGGCCUUCUGCUGAUAUAUAUGGUCCAUUUUUUCACUGCUAUUGUUGGUACUGAGUGGUGGGCUCAGCAGUUUGGUAAAUCCAUCCCAUUCUUCAGCUGGGUUCCAUUUGUAAAUGAACUGCCGAUGUAUAAAGCUGCAUUGUUUAUGAUGAUACUCUUUGCGGUUAUACCUACAGUUUCAUUCAAUGUGUACAAUGUUUAUAAGAUUGUUCGGGCAAGAAAAGGAAGCAUGCUGCUAGCUUUGGCAAUGCUUUACCCAUUUGCUAUUCUACUGGGUGGAGUUCUUUUCUGGAACUAUCUGUCUCCUCUUGAUUUACUGGGUAACUACCCACACCUCGUCAUAAUGGGUAUUGGUUUGUCAUUCGGAUUCCUCGUGGGAAGGAUGAUUCUCGCUCAUAUAUGUGAUGAACCCAAGGGCUUGAAGACAAGCAUGUGCAUGUCGCUAUUAUAUCUUCCUUUUGCCAUUGCAAAUGCACUCACUGCCAGGCUAAACGACGGGGUUCCUCUUGUUGACGAGUUCUGGGUUCUUCUUGGUUUCUUUGGGUACUCAGCGGUGCUAUAUAUGCAUUUUGUAACAUCCAUCAUUCAAGAAAUAACAACAGCUCUGGGAAUUUACUGCUUCAGGAUAACUAGAAAAGAAGCUUAAGCUGUGACUACUGCAUGUAUCUUGAGUCUCUCUAGACGGCGACUCAACUCCACAAAUAUGGCAGUGAUGGAGCUGCGCAAAGAACAUUCUUUGGUUUGUGACUAGGUUUUACAUGUUGGCUUGUCCAAAUUAAGUAACUCUUCACACGCCAUUUUAAGUACGCUUUCCUUUUGCUAUUGUAAGUUUUGGCUGUUUUCAUUUGUAGAACGUUGUGAUGUGAUACAUGAAUUUGAAUUUAGUUUUGUUACUUACUCCCUCCGUCCACGAAAUGAGUACCCAUUUGUGGACGGCACGGGUUUUAAGAAAUGUAUGGAGUGUAGUGUGAAUA